AUGUCCCGCUUCGGAAAGGGAAAGCGCGGACCCGGUGCCGAGUUCACCUGGGAUGCUGACCCUGGCGGCGAGCCCGACACUGCGCCCACUCCCCUCUACCCUGCAUAUGUCGUUCCCUACGCACGAAAAAUCACCAGCAAAGAGCAGGCCGAAGUAGACAAGAGCCGGCGGCUACGUGAACGCUUCCACGAGGGACCUUACUACUCUGUCGUGGAUGCUUCGGCCUCGAGCGCCAAGAAGGGCAGUGCUGCUCGCGCCAACUUUGACCCGUUCACCGGCAUGCCUUCUUAUUCCGGACGGUACCAGAAGAAACACCGAACUAUUCCCAAGAUCUCCGGCAUUGGUCGCGACUAUGAAACUCGAUUCUUCCCUCGAGAGCUUUGGCAGAUCAUCCAGCCGAACUUCCGCCCCGAUGCCUCAUUAGACGGCUACCAGGCCCAGAGCAACGCCGUCAGCAACAAACGUGGAUUCGAAGAUGAGGACGACGAGGAGGAAGCCGCGGCCAAACGACGAGCCACUGGCGGCAAUGAGGACGAUGGUGACGAGGACCAGAACGAGGGAGAAUUGCUCGAUGGCGACGAAGAUGCGAUGGAAUCCAUUGCAGAUGAUGAUUUCCAGGAUGAUGAAGACGACAUGGGCGGUGACUACGAUGCCGAAAAGUACUUCGAUGAUGGCGGUGAUGACUACGGAGACGACGAUGGUGGUGGCGGUGAUGAGGAAGCUUAUUGA